AGGAGGAGACGGGAGGGGAGGAGAAGAUGGCGACUUCGAACACUCCGCGGAAAUUCAGCGAGAAGAUCGCUCUGCACAACCAGAAGCAGGCAGAGGAGACGGCGGCCUUCGAGGAGGUGAUGAAGGACAUGAGCCUGACGCGGGCGGCCAGGUUACAGUUACAGAAAACACAGUAUCUACAGCUGGGACAGAGCCGAGGACAGUACUAUGGAGGGUCCCUGCCCAAUGUGAAUCAGAUCGGGAGCAGCUCCAUGGACUUGCCCUUUCAGCGCAGCGGAAUUCUUGGAGAGACCUUGGGAGCAGCUCCUGUCUCUUUGACUCCUUUUCAGUCAUCAGGUCUGGAUACCAGCCGGACAACUCGGCAUCAUGGUCUAGUGGACAGAGUAUAUCGGGACCGCAACCGCCUUGGGUCUCCUCACAGGCGCCCCUUGUCGGUGGAUAAACACGGACGGCAGGUGGACAGCUGUCCGUAUGGGACCGUCUAUCUCUCACCUCCAUCAGAUACAAGCUGGAGAAGGACCAAUUCUGACUCCGCCCUGCACCAGAGCACCAUGACACCUGCUCAACAAGACUCCUUUGCAGGAGGCUCCCAAGACAUCCAGCAGAAAAGAGUCUUGUUAUUGACAGUCCCAGGAAUGGAGGAAACCUCCUCUGAGACAGACAAAAAUCUCUCCAAACAAGUGUGGGACUCUAAAAAGACAGGCUCAAGACCGAAGUCCUGUGAAGUCCCAGGAAUCAACAUCUUCCCGUCUGCUGACCAGGAAAACACUACAACCCUAAUUCCUGCUACCCAUAACACAGGGGGCUCCCUCCCUGACCUGACGAAUAUCCAUUUCCCUUCUCCUCUCCCAACCCCUCUGGAUCCGGAGGAGUCCACAUUUCCGGCCCUGAGCAGCUCCAACAGCACUGGAAACCUGGCAGCCAACCUGACCCACCUGGGCAUCGGCACUGCCAGUCAGGGCAUGUCGGCGACUCCAGGUUCCUCACAACAGCACCGUCAGCCAGCGGUCAGCCCCCUCUCCCUGAACGCCGAGUCGAGACGGCAGCAGACCCAGCAGAUGUCUCCCACACUCUCCCCUCUGUCGCCAAUCACUCAGGCUGUGGCUAUGGAUGCCUUGUCCCUGGAGCAGCAGCUCCCAUACUCCUUUUUCACUCAAGCAAGUUCCCAGCAGCCUCCACCACCGCCGCAGCAGCAGCAGCAACAACAGCAGCAGCAGCAGCAGGCCCAGCCGCAGCCUCAGCAGCCCCAGGUGCCAAGCAGCCUCUCCCAGACUACCCCCUUAAUGCCGAGCUCUGGUUUACAGCGGGGGCCACCGCUCCCCCCUCUCUCGGUCACAGUACCGUCUACCAUCCCCCAGUCCCCUCCAGGCAACCAGGCCCAGCCGUCGAUGGGAAUAGACAUCACCUCGGCUUCCCUCCAGCAGUACCGCAGUAAUGCUGGCUCCCCAGCCAACCAGUCUCCCACCUCUCCUGUCUCCAAUCAAGGCUUCUCUCCUGGCAGCUCCCCUCAACACUCUUCCGUCCUGGGCAGCGUCUUUGGGGACUCCUUUUAUGAUCAGCAGAUGACAGCGAGACAGGCUAAUGCCCUGUCCCAUCAGCUGGAACAGUUUAAUAUGAUUGAAAAUGCUAUCAGCUCCAACAGCCUGUAUAGCUCCUGCUCCACACUCAACUACUCCCAGGCUGCCAUGAUGGGACUGACAGGGAGUCACGGCAGCCUUCAGGACUCACAGCAGCUAAGCUACUCAAGCCACGGAAAUAUCCCCAACAUCAUCCUUACAGUGACAGGGGAGUCCCCUCCCAGUUUAUCAAAAGAACUGACCAGCACUUUGGCAGGAGUCGGCGAUGUCAGCUUUGAUUCGGAUUCCCAGUUCCCCCUGGACGAACUCAAGAUUGACCCUUUAACCCUAGAUGGACUUCACAUGCUCAAUGAUCCUGACAUGGUCCUCACCGAUCCCGCCACAGAGGACACUUUCCGAAUGGACCGGCUGUAAGGCGUGGACAACCUUGAGCCUAGGAGCGUGCCACCUUCCUGGCGCCCAGCUGAACUGAGUACAGCCCACGGGUCAGUGGCGUCAGAUUCCGUGGUUCCCGAGAGCAGCCGCUCUGCCCCAUUCAAUCGAGUAAAGCUUGUCGUUCUAAGCUUGCAGUGCUGCCACCCCCUCGUCCCCUCACCCCCCCAGCCUCACCCCCUGGUGCCAUCUUGGACCCUUCGGUUCAGUCUACUUGUUGCCAUUUGAAUGAGUUUGGAUCCCGCAUCCGCCUUCCCGCCUGAGUCCCAGCGUGAGGUUGUGAAUUUGUUCUUGCACUAGGGAGGGAGGGUGGUCACCAACAGGAAGCAGUGUGCCCACCGCCUGAGCAGUCUCUAUCUGUAAGAUCCCCAGGCAUUGGCCAUGUGCUCCUCAAGUCGCCAUCUCUGCUGUCAUGCCCUCCCUCCCUGCUUCCAGGCUGAGUGUCCAGGCUGAUAACUCUGGGGCCCCUCCUCGCACCCAGAGGUGGGGGGGGGGGCAGAGCUCCGGGGCUUCUGACCCCACAACAGCUUCCUAGUGUCAUGGCGCUUCUCCCAUGUGGAUAUGCCUUGUGCGUUCUCUGAUUUGUUUCCUCACUGGUUCAGCCCUCACUGCCUUUUCUCAAGCCCUUGGCAAAACCGUGUUCUCUGGGACCCAGGGAGCAGCAGCUAGAGCAGGCACCAUCUCGGAGAGCUUUGUUGGAUGGGCGCUUCCCUCCCCCCAAAAAGAGAGAAAGAGAGAGAGGGCAUAAGAAAGCAAACCUAAACACUAUUUGGAGAGAUUUCUUUUUAUAUUUCUGAGCACACAAAAAGUACUAUAAUUCAUUACCUGGUGAAAAUGAAGGAGAGAGCAGAAGAUUUAAAGCAGCUAGAAUGACUUCUGUGGCCAAGUUGGACAGACUUACUUGCUUUCCUCUUCCCUGUUACUCUUCCCCACCCAUCCUCCACCCUGACCCCAUCUCUGGCCCCGGCCCCGCCAAGCCUUUCCAGUUCUAGCCUGUUCGUACCAUUCCCAGGCAGAAAUGGAGGGGUCUCCUUCCUGGGAGGAAUCCAAGGAAAGGUGGGGCAUUAUUUUUUAUUAUUGUUCAUGACCUGUUAUGUGUUCUCAGUUAACUUUACAUACUGUUAUUUAAGGAAUUUGUGAUUUUUUUUUCUGUUUUUGUUUCAUUUUGUAUUUAAGUAUUUGGAUAGUCGAGACGUAACUGAACUCCAUGGAGCCAUUGAUGCCCUGUGUAAUGUCUGUGCAGAGCAUCCACUUGUGUUUUCAUCCCCAGAAUGAUAGGCGUUAAUAGUCUAUAUUUUUAAACCAACUGGAAUUUUAAACAACUCUCAAGCAGAAACAAUCCCAUCAACGUCUAAGUCUAAAUAAAGAAUGUUACCUUUCCACUGUCUCCAAAUAAGUGGUCAGAGCAGCCAAACCCUCCUUGUCUCUAACUCCAGAAGGUGGUGAGUUAGGGCUCUGCCAGGCAGGGUCCUGCAAGGCUGGGAGACCUCCUUGCUGGGCUGUCAUGACAGCACAGCCAACAGCCAGGGAAAGGCCCUAGUGGAAGUGUUUGGAGUGCUCCUCAGACCCAUGGACUCAUAGACUGCCAGGCAUGGGGGGACCUUAGGAAUCCUGUGGCCAAGGGAUUCUUAGCCUUUUUUAAGUCCUUGACCUCUUUGGCAGUCAGUCUGCUAAAGCUUCAGAAGCCCUUUCCACAAUCAUGUUUUUAAAUAUAGAAAAUAUAUGAGAUUGUAAAGGAGACCAAUUAUACUGAAAUACAGCAAGUAAAGUAUUUUGGAAAAAACAAGUUCACGGACCCCAGGUUAAGAACCCUUCAUCUAGUCCAAAGCUUCUUAAACUGUGGGUUUAAGAAUGUGGGGGGUCUUGAAAAAUUUGGCAACAAUCAAAGAUUAUGUAUGCCUGUUUUAUACACCUAUAGACCCAGGGUUGUAUUAACAGUUUCUCAGGCAAAAAGGAGUAACGAGUGGAAAAAGUUUAAGAAGCCCUCCUCUAGUCCAGCCUUGACCUUUACAAAGAAGGAAACUGGAGGGUCAGGAAGUUGUUGAGGUCCCACAGGAAGUCAUGAUCACAACUUAAAGAUUUUGUGGGUCAUUUGCUCUUCCCACUCCAUUCCCUGACUCCCAUAGGGGCAGGGGAGUAUUAAAACUCCUGAGUCUGAGGUUUGAUUUGGUUUUUAACUUUUUUGGGGGGGGGGCAGGACAACGAGGGUUAAGUGACUUGCUCAGGGUCACACAGCUAGUAAGUGUCAAGUGUCUGAGGUCAGGUUUGAACUCGGGUCCUCCUGAAUCCAGGGCCGGUGCUUCAUCCAUUGUGCCACCUAGCUGUCCCGGUUUUUAACUUUUUACCAAGGGUCCCCCAACCCUCCUUGUCCUGAAAGAUUGGAUGGUUUGGGUAGAUGCGUUCAACAGUCCUCCAUGAUGGAACUUGACAAAUUACUCCCUCUUCCCCUGCCCCACCCCCCUUUUCAUUUGAGUUAUAUCAUUUUCAGCUAGUUGGUAAUAAAUGCUCUGGAAGGGAAUGCAUAGAGAGCAGCUCAUUCAGAUAUGAUUUUGUCAAGUGUAUGCCACCUCCCUAAAAUAAAAUUCAAAAAAGGCUUUUAACUUUUAUCACAUCAGCGUUAAUUUGCAUUUCCUCCUCCCCAUCCCCUCCCCUUACUGCUGACCAAAAUGCCAUGGGAGGGGUGGGGUCACUGUCAGACUCUUCUCUUUCUCCUUCAGGGGGUGCUUCCUGCCUCCACCUCGAUUUGGAAUGAGCUGGGAGGGUGAAGGAGGCAAGGUGAGAUAACCCUCCGAAGCGAUACUUUGGGGAGACCAAGGAGGCCAUGAGUUAUAGCUAGAUUUCUGUGUGCUUCGAGAGAUGCAGGGGAGGCCCAACUCCUUGAACCAUACCUCCCUCCGUCCAUGCCGGUCAUAACCUUCAUCCUCCUUCAUGCUUCUGGGCUGUUUUCUAACCAUUUGCACCAAGGUGACAUGAAGGACAAGGGGAUCUUUUUGUUCUUAGAAUAGGAACUUCUGAAACAUGAUUCUCCCCUCCCCUUUCUCUCCUGAAGAACUGGGGUAGAGGGUGGGGAGGGCUCUGUCUUCUCCCUUUAAGGCUCGAGAAAAUCUUGCCUGACUCUACCACGCUCCUGGCGUCUGCUUGUUUUCCUCUGCUAAUGCUGUGUUUGUUUUUUCUUUUCUCUACUUCUACCUCCCCUACUCCUACUCCCGCCUACUCCCCCCCCCCAAAUGUUCAUUUCCAAUGGAAGAGGCACACACCCAUAAGAGCUUGAGUUACUUUCCUAAAGACGAUCACAGUCCUUUCCUUCCGAACAGCCAAAGGUAUUGUGCAAAUUUGCUGUGCUUCCUGCCAGUUGUGUUGCUCUCUGAUAGUUCUGUUUGUUCAUUGACUCAGUGUCCCCCGCCCGGUCGGGCCAGCCAAACCUUGUGCACGAAAAAUGCUUGUUUGUGAGACGUUAUUUUUUUAAACCACUGUCUCUUAAUGAAGCAUCCAGUUUGGAAGGUAUUUGUCUGUUCAAUUCACUAACCAGAUUGUGUUGUGGGUAGUUUUUUACAGGGACACGAUGUUGCUAAAUGCUACCUUGGAGAACGUGGUCUUUUUUUUAAAAAACAAAAAAAAAACAAAGACAAAACUACAUGUACAUAAGAGAGUUUGUUUAUUAUUAGAAUUGUAAGUAGAACUUUUAAAAAAAAUGGCCUUAAUAAAAUAACCCAUCUGGAUGCAAUUCUCAGACAAGGCAUUGGGGACCAUCUAAUUUAGCCAAUAUCUAUCUAUCUCUCUCUCUCUCUCUCUCUCUCUCUCUCUCUCUCUCUGGUCCCUUUCUGGAGGUGCGUGAUAUGGAAGGGGAUGAUAGGCAAAGGCAGGGGUCCCUUGUCUCCAACCCCAAAGAGAGAGGCAGCUCUGUGAUGUGUAUUAACCCUUUGAGAAACUGAAUGUUAUGCUGGGCACCAUCUUGGUAACACCCUGAAGAUAGGAGAUUGUGCUGCUGGGAUAUCCCUUAUCUUGCCCACUGAGCACCCCUCUAUCAUUGGGGUUAUGGGUGAGAUCUGAUGAAUGAUUUCAUAAAAUGGGCUUUUUUUUUUCUCUGUCACUCAUGUAAGCUUUUGGAUUAAAAAACUUCUUUGGAAAAUUUAUUGUUUGGGCACCAGGGGUCCAGGUGAACUGGAGGGUCAGAGAAAGGAGCAGCAGCACUAGGGCCUGGGAUAGAGGGUUAGGGAAAAGGGUUUGAUUUUUAGCCACCAAAGAAAUGAAUGCUGCUGGGCCACUGCUCCCAGCCUAAGGCAGGAGGACAGGAACCUUAGCCACCAAUAAGAAGGGAAUUACUUGAGCAUAGAAAAUGAAACAGUUUGGUUUUGACUUUGGUGCCGAGGACAUUCAGAUGGCCAGUCUCCCAGGGCAUUCAUUUUCUCAGUCUCAAAGGGUUAAUCCCCACACGGUUGCCCGCCAGUAGAUUUCUAGUUGGUUUUUCUAACAUUCUCCCCAGGAAAGACUGUUGUGUUUGCCAAUCUUUUUUGCAAAAAAGCAACCAACCAAUGGAAACUGCACUCUCAUCAUGUAGAAAAUACUGUGACUACAAAGAGACCCUGUAGAUUUUUGCUAUUUAUUGCCGUUCGGGAACCUGGGGGUGGGAGGGGGUAUUGUUUUGCAUCAUGUAUAUAGUACUGAUGUCUGCAUUCUCUGUAAACCGGGAUCGACGCCGGCUGACUUUUGUGCCGCCUGCAUGAGACCUGCAUGGGACUGGAGGCGGCAGCAGGACAUGUGUCUCAGGGCUGCGCCCGCAUGUUAAUGAGCUCAUGGUCAGUGUCCUGUGCUGCUCAAAACCUUUUCCUGGAUAGAGGGAACUCCCGUGAAACAAAGAAUUUUGUGAAACUCCUCCUAGAGAGAGUGAGGGUACUACUGUGGCUCCUCUACUCUCGAGCCAGAGCAUCCCAGAACAUCCACGGUGGCAAGACCCUGAGACUAUAGAUCAUCAGAAUUGGGAGGGCCCUUCAAACAGGAUGCUAGGGCUGGGAGGGCCCUUAGAGCACAGGAUGUCAGAGCUGGGAGGGCCCUUAGAGCACAGAAUGGCAGGGCUGGGAGGGCCCUUGGAGCACAGGAUGUCAGAGCUAGGAGGGCCCUUAGAGCACAGGAUGUCAGAGCUGGGAGGGCCCUUAGAGCACAGAAUGGCAGGGCUGGGAGGGCCCUUGGAACCCAGAAUGUCAGAGCUGGAAGGAAUUUCAGAGUUCAUAUUAGUAGGAAAGGGCCUUAGUGAUCAUCUAAUACUUAGCUUCUAGCUCAACCCCUUUAUUUUAUGAAGGCAGAAACUGAGGUCCAGAGGAGGGGGUGACUUAGCCAAGGCCAAGCAUCUUAGGUUAAUUGGCAAAGCCAGACCUCGAGCCCAUCUCCCCUGCUGUUUUUAGAUGUUUUUCUUUCUUAAAGGAAAUCCAGCAAAACCACGAACCCAAGUCCUCCGGCCCCAUCCUGUCCCCCCCACCACCUUCCGCCCCGAAGUCAAGGGCAUUUGACCCUAGGCUCCUCAGAUGGGACCAGGCUGGCUAAGCUAGGUGCCGAGAGGCCUUCACCUCUGCUGGGUCCCAGGGCACAAACUUCUGUUCUUCUCCAGACAUUGGCUCCUAAGUUUCUUCUAGAAGACUGGCUGCUGCUAUCUGGCCUGUCUCUCUAGCUGAGCUUUCAAAUCACCCUGGUACUCAGGAAGCCCCGUUAGACACUCCAUUGUCCCUAUGCCAUGUGGUGCAAAGUAAAAAUAAGUCUGCUCCCUCUUCCUGCACCCUACCCCCACCCGGGUUUUCUUGUAUUCAACCCAUCAGACUUUGGUUUUCCAGGAUCUUCUCCUUUGGAUUCCAUAUCUUUUGGAGAUCCUCCCUGCCUGCAGGGGCGCUCUUGGGCCACUGAAGUAUUCCUUUAAAAAGAACAAGCCCCCUCCCCCAAACGAUCUCUCUGUACUCUUUGUUGCUUAUUUUAUAUUAGGGACUUGAGCCACUCUGGGGAGGCAAGGAGGUUGGCGAAACUUUACCUGAGGAACGUGGAACUCUUUAACUCCUCCUUGUUAAUGAAGCCCCAGGUUCCUGACCCCCAACAUUUCUGUUACCCAUUUUCUGAGUGCUGCUCAUUAAGGACACAGAUGUUUGUUUUGUCCAGGGCCCCGUGCUGUAGGGAACACAGAGAUGACUGACUAAGGUGUCUUUCCCUCAGGGAGCUGAGAAGCCAAUGGGAAGAUUGUUAUAUAGGCAGGACCAGCCCCUUACUUCCUGUGGAUCUGCUUUUUGUACUUCCACAGGCUUGAGAAAGGCAGCCAGGUCAGGGAGGCGUGGGGGACUUCAUCACAUGCUUGGGCAGGUUUGACCCAAACAAAGGUUAGCUAGACAGACCUCCUUCACGUGCAAGGACAUGGCUGCCGCCAUCUGCAGAGAUCUGUAGAGUAGAACAACGACUGUCUACAGAAACAGCUGGGUGUAUCUGGGGCAGCCGUGAGCGGGGUGAGGGUGGGGUGAAGUGUGUGUCCACAUUCACGGAGAGAGCAAUGCAUUUGGAUUCGGAGGAGCCAAGUUCAAAUCCUAGCCCUGCUACUGCUCAUGUGAGUUGAGGCAAAUCAUUUGCCUUCCCUGGCUCUAAGUUUCCUCCUCUGUAAAGAAAAUUGGAUCAGUCCCUAAACAUCCUUUCUGACUUUAAAUCUUAGGAUGUCAUCUGUCACCUCUACUGGGACAGGCAGGAAACGAGCAGCCCGCUCGAGCUCUGAGUAAGAGGCUUCCACACACACCUUGGACCUGGGAGUUAGAGCUAGGAAGGAGAAUUCUGUGCAGAUGGGCAACCAGGGAAUUUGGCUCUCGUGUAAGGACAGCCCUGAUUUCUCCCAUACUUUUGGCGCUUUCCAAAGCACUUUCCCCACCGUAGCCCUGUGAGGUGGCAGGUACAAUGAGAAUGAUUUUACAAGUGAGGAAUUUGAGACUCAGAGGGGCUGGAGGUGGGGUUUGAACCCAGGUCCUUUGACUCCAGAUCUAGGUCAUGCAGGGUAGAUCAUGGUAGCCCCGUUGGAUGUAUUAAGUCUGUGUGGCUUUGAUGUGGUGUUGGGUAGAGCAGAGGUUGAGGGCCUGUCCUAAGUUGGAGUUUUGUCACAGGCACUUCCACUGGGGCCAUUACAGAGGAAACCAAUUCUAUUGCUAGCCCAAAUAUUUUAGGAAGAGAUUCACAAACCCUAGGUAGAGAGCCCUGCUCUGCCUACUCCCCAAGGUCCCUUCCAUCUUGAAAGCCGGCGAUCCAGUGGAAGAGAGAGCUGGGCAGCCAAAUGACCGGACCCCCUUCCCUAAGAGUCCUCCUUAUCAUGCCACAGAGAACUGGGUCUCUUAGGCUAACCCCUGCCCUGCUCUCCCUUCAGUGGUGGGUUGCAGAGAAAGCUGAAUUUGGAAUCGGGGACCUUGGUCUGAAUCCCACAUCCACCAUUUACUAGCCACUUGGCCAUGGACAGGUUACUUAAAGUCUCAGAGCCUCAGUUUCCUCACGUGUAAAAUGAGGCAGUCAGAAUACAUGGCCCUUGCAGAUCUAAACUGAAGCUCUUUCCCUGUGGCUUCUCUUCUUCCUACCAUACUCUCUGCAAUCAGACCAGUUCUCUUGAGCUCUCUCUCUCUAAGAACACAAAGAUGGGGCAGUCCCCUACCCUCACCCUCAUCCACGAUUGAAAGAAUCCAGGAGCUGGGUGGCCCAGGCCCAGGCUGGGGAGAGGGAAGCGGUGAGAAUAAUGGGAAAGAGGAACCUUUGUUCCCCACUGUCCCCUCCGCUCUCUGACAGGUCAGAGCAGGCAGCACAGGGCUGCACUGGCCCAUGUGCUCCCGUGGAAUCAGUUCUUUAGUUGGAAUCCCAGUUCUGCUGCUCCCUGGGUUCCUUGUGGGUUAAAUGGGGGAGUUGGACUAUUGAUCUCUCUCUCUAAAAGGCCCUUCUGCUCCUAAAUCCUAGGAAUUAGUUCCCCCUACUAUUAAUGAGAUGUCCCCAGUGCAUUCUGGUGAAUUAUCCUUUCAAAAAAAAAAAAAAACCAAGACUCCCCUUCUCCUUCAGCCCCUCACUGCGGAUGCCCUUGGGUGAUUGGCCAUUUUGACUGGAGUCAAAGGGGAGAAGCCCCGCCUUGGCUCCAGGAGCUCAGCCUGUGAGUGGGAAGCCCCUCUGCCCUCUGUCCCCACACCGAUUCCUUCCAGGGAGGCAGCCAAGCCAAGGGCCCCUUGGGCUGAGCUGUAUAGUGAAGGCCCUGAGUGAGUGGGCAGUGAAGACCAUCAGGCCUAGCUUCCUCGAGCUCUGAGGAGCCCCUUUGGCACCCACUCUGCCUGUGGGCUCCUCUGCUCUUGCAUAGUCUUGGCUUCUUCCCCCUGUGGGCAACACCACCAGGCCUCGUAGAGCUGCAAAGACACUGGCCAGUCCUCAUUUUCCCCAUCCUGAAAGUAAAGCUGAGUCGAGGGACCAGGGACAGCUUUGCCUGUCCCUGGGGCUCCCUCCUCCAACCUCUCUCAUGCCUUAGACCCUCCCACUGUUGCUGCAGUAAACAGCUGGCAUCCUGGCUGGCAUCCCCUCUCCCUGCCCCACCUUUUCCUUCUUUGCAGAUACUCGCUUUGGCCCAUUGCCCAAAGGGGUCUCAGGUGCUGCUGCCACCUCCCAGCCUCUUCCCUCUUGGUAACUGGCCUCUUUGGUGAAAGGACAGGAAGGGGACCUGAGUCUGUGGGAACAGUGAGGGCCCACCCUUGGCAGCCAGACUUGGGUGGCCCAGUUGUGAUCUCAUCACAGCCCACAGGAUCCAAGGGUUCAGAGCCCGACAACUCUCAUGCAAGGAGGAGGAGUUGAGGCUGGGGGAAGGCAGGCCACUUGCCCAAGAUCAUUCAGUCAGUCCCAGAGCCAGGGUGUGAAGGGGUGUCAGUCCCCCCCCCUUUCCUAGUCCUGUGCUCUUCUCUACACCAGACUGGCCCCAUUCGGAUAACUAGAGGUCCUUUUUGUGCCCCAGGAGACAAUGCAGCCUCCUGCCUUGGCAGGGCCUGGCUCAGUGGGUAGAGAUUGGCAUUUCCCCAGUACCUGUGCUUCUACUACAGUGCUGGUCCUCAGGAUGCCCACUUAGCAGCCGCCACUGCCCCACCCCUGGCCCCCCACCGCCCUGUGAGCUUCCCAAGUGAGCCAGGAGGCACAGUUGACUUCUCCCAUUGCCCUCUUGCCCUUCGAUCUCAACCCCCUGGCAUGACCUGCUGUCAGCACUGGCCCAUCAGACUGGGCUGAGCAGAGCUGGGCUUCCUGCUGGUAAAUGCCCUUGCCUAAGGGCUCUCCCAGCACUGCUGUCCAUCUAGUGGCAGCCUCUAGAAUUUCAGCCCUCCUCGCACCUAAGAGGGAAUGUUCUAGCCAGGGUUGGCCUUGUCAGUCAACCCAGAGUCAUUUACCAAAUAGUUAGUCCAACCCUCCCCUGCUCAACAUCAGGAGAAACCCAGAAGUCACUGAGCCUGGGGACCCUCCCGAUGCAGCUGUCUGGAGGGCUGCCCAGCCCCCUGUAUUGCCUUUCUCUGUAGCCUGGCAGGAGUGCCAAAGUUCUGUUGAGGAGGGGAAGGCUUGCCAUGGUGGAGGGUUAGGGGCCUGAGGCUUCUGGUCCUUCAAGGUGGAGAGGACCUAGGACUUGGAGUCAGAACUUCUGACUCUGCCUCAGGCUCAUCAUGGGAUGUUGGGAAAGUCUCCCCCUUGUGACCUCAGUUUCUUCAUCUCUAAAUGUUAGAUGGUUGGACUUGCCAAUUUGUAAGGGUCCUAACAUCUCUGACAUUCUAGAGUUCUAAGUCUCGGCUUCUGCCAGUGUUCUCAGAGGGCCUCCUAACUGUCAGGGGGAUGCCAUCCUCUCAUCUGCUAGCUCACAUGGCCCCCAAACCUCAUGGCCCUUGCUCCACCUGCAGAGGAUCUCCAGGGAUGGAAAUCUACCCUCUUUUCUGCCUGAUAGCCACCCUUGGCUCUGAGGAGUCAGUUCAUGGGCAGGCAGAAAAACAGAAAGCCCUGGUUAGUCCACAAAUUGGAGAAUUGGCCCCCAAAGGGUAGAGUUAAAUAUAUCCCCUUCCCCAGUCUCCUCACCCCAGUUAGAACUAAGUGUUAAGAGCUCAGAGGAUCUAUAGAUGAAUUCCCUUCUGUGCUUCUUUGUUAGAAAUCGGGGGCUGGUUCUCCCCAUUUUGCAAAUGGAGCAACUGAGGCCCAGUCAGUGGCAGGAACUUAGACUGGAUGAAAGGGAGAGUCCAUAGAUAGAACCCCAUCAUCCUAAUCCCACUGCAUCCCCCCACCCCCAGUCCUUCCUCACACUUUGGUUAGGUAAGGGACCAGCCUUUACCCCCAAGAGAAUUAAGGUGGUAUACAGCUGGGCCCCUGGGCCCAGGGAGUUUUGGGAACAAAGAAAAUUGAGACUGAUAGACAAGAGGAGGAGGAGACCCCAGCUCAGUUAGGCAAAAGGGGUACACUGAGGGCUUUCCUCUUCUUGUUCUUGGAGCCUGGAGGCUUCCCAAGGGCAGGGCUGGCAGGUCUUGAAGCCCCAGCUCCCUGGAGCUUAUGGUUAGGCCUUAAAUAUUACUCCUCAGCCCCUGGGGCCACAUCCAGAGAAAUGGGGCUAACCACCUCUAAACCCCUCACCCUCCUGGGAAGGGCUCCUUUAGGUGCUGACCUUGCCUCUCCCCAGUCCUAGGGCCAUCCUGGGUUGGGGGGAGGGGCCUCAUUUUCAUCUGGCCUGGCUGACUGGGCGGGGCUGGGAAUAGGUCAGUGUUGGUGCUGGGCCCUGCCCUUGUCUCCUUUGCACAGGAGCAGGAGAGCAAACUCUGAAUGAGGCCAAGCUCCCCCACCAGGCUGGGCGAGUGGUCGAUAACCCAGACCAUCCCCAGGAGUCCUGAGCCCCUGAUUGCCUCUGGCCAGCAAACAGGAAAAGGAGUCUGGGGGAGGAAUGAAUGGGAUUUAGAAACCUUGACAAGCUGCCUCUCCGGGGUUCAGCAACUUGUCUCUGCACCUGAGGACUUGUGUCUGGUCUCACUGAUAUAUGCAAACCCCUUCUGUCCACCGUCUGCACCCUCCGGCCCCCGGGCCCCAGAUGUUUCUGGGCUCUGCUUUCUUGGUAGGUAGAAGUGGGAGUUUGGAGGUGGCCCCCCCCAUCUGUGUCUGCACCCAGGCCAGGCUGCAGGCGCCCGGCCCUGCCUGGCCCCACCCCACUUCAGCCCUAUUCUCUUUUUCCUGUGGACGCUUUUGUCUUUGUAUCUUUGCAUUCUUUGUAAAGGAAAUGUAAUAAAAUUCCAAUGUUUUCGUC